AAAAGAAGAUUUGAUCCAUUUUGUGUCCUCAAAUGGAAGAUUUUAAAGCAAGGGGUCGCAUGAGAAAGGUUCAAAGCAGUGAAGAAGAUCAAAUGGAUUUGGUUCUUGGUCCUUGGACUGUUGAAGAAGACUUCAAGCUCAUCAAUUACAGAGGUUUUUGUCAUGUUGAUGAUGAUGUUUAUUUUCAGACAAUUUACAGAGGUUUUUGUUGUUGUUGUUGAUGAUGUUGUUGCUGCAGAUGGUCGAAAAUCGCACAGCAUUUUCCGGGAAGAACCGACAACGAGAUCAAGAACUACUGGAGAACUCGUGUCCAGAAACAUGCUAAGCAACUCAAAUGCGAUGUCAGCAGCAAGCAAUUCAAGGACACCAUGCGUUACCUAUGGAUGCCUCGGUUAGUCGAAAGAAUUCAAGCCGCCUCCGUAGCUACCGCGACCACUAACUCUGCGUCGCAGAUGUUCUCUCGACGAGGGGUUAUCUGCGAUGAAUAUACGGCGCAAGUGACCCCGGAGAAUUCAAGUACUGUGGCAUCAUCGUCGAACUCGUUCGAGGCACAAGUUUCGCCUGUUUCGGAUUUAACCAAUUGUUACAACAACGGCUUUCACGUUAAUAACAACCCUAAUCCUGGUUAUAGUUUCCAAUACGGCAGCCAAGUCGAUUACUCCGAUCUAUCGGAAAAAUAUUACAACAGCAACAACAACCAUGGCGAUGUCGGCAUCGAUUUUCCGACCAACAAUCAUCAGCCCAUGUUGGAUGGUGGUGAUCUUUCGGACAAUUUGUUGAAUGCUGAUGAUUUUUUGUUCUUACAGCAACAGUUCAACUUCAACAUGUGAAAAAAAAUACCUCUUUAUAGAAUUUGGGGUUA